ACGCUGCUCCCAGGACCCCGCGCGGCUGGAGGGGCCCCGGGCCGCCCGCAGCCCACAGUUAGCCCCUGGGAGCUGGAGGAAACCGGGUCCACCGGGAAGGGCUGCAGAGGGUAGCCGAACCUGCCCGGCACGCCCCGGGAGAGAAGUAGGGGGAGGCACAGGUCGGGGAGGGAGAGCGGAGUAAGUGAGCUGGGGUCCAACUCCAUCGCGGGCCCAGGACCCGGACUGGUCGGCCAGGCCCCUGAGCCGGCGUUACACCCGACCGAGCGGACUCCGAGGGUCGGACUGGGCGAGGACACAUGGCUUCUCCGUUCCUGUCCGCGGGGACCACCACGGGCGACAGCGGCGGAGAGCUGAGCUCGGGGGACGACUCUGGUGAAGUGGAAUCCCUCCAGAGCCCCGAGACCGCGGCGUCCGGGAGCCUGACCGAGCUGUUUGAGAAGGCUGCAGCGCACCUCCAGGGCUUGGUUCACGUGGCCAGCAGGGAGCAGCUCUUGUACCUGUAUGCCAGGUACAAGCAGGUCAAAGUUGGAAAUUGCAAUACUCCUAAACCAGGCUUCUUUGAUUUUGAAGGAAAGCAAAAAUGGGAAGCAUGGAAAGCACUUGGUGAUUCGAGCCCACGCCAAGCAAUGCAGGAGUAUAUCGCAGCAGUUAGAAAAUUAGAUCCAGGGUGGAAUCCUCAGGUGGACUCUUCAGGUCACCGUGGGCUCAGUUCUUCCCUGUUGAUUUCUGCUGACUCUUUUCAGUGCCUGGCCUAUUCACCAGAGAAGAAAGGAAAAGAAGCACCCACUGGUUUUGGUGGCCCAGUUAUUAGUUCUCUGUAUCAUGAAGAAAUCAUCAGGGAAGAAGACAAAAACAUAUUUGAUUACUGCAGGGAAAACAACAUUGACCAUAUAUCCAAAGUCAUCAAAUCGAAAAAUGUGGAUGUGAAUAUGAAAGAUGAAGAGGGCAGAGCUCUGCUCCAUUGGGCAUGCGAUCGAGGGCACAAGGAACUUGUCACAGUCUUGCUACAAUACAGAGCUGAUAUUAACUCUCAGGACAAUGAAGGUCAAACAGCUCUACAUUAUGCUGCUGCCUGUGAGUUCUUGGACAUCGUGGAGCUGCUGCUCCAGGCCGGCGCGAACCCCACUCUGCGUGACCAGGACGGCUGCCUGCCAGAGGAGGUGACAGGUUGCAGAGCCGUGUCUUCGGUGUUGCAGCAGCACACGGCUGGCAAGGCUUAAGCAAAGGACUGGGAAGCCACAGCCUAACAGCACAGGGCUUCGGUGAUGCAAGGAACCUGGGGAAAUCGUACUACUUUUACCACCCACCUUUGGUGUACGCUGGCUAAUAAAAUCAGGUCUGCGUCACAGGGAUUU